CUUAUAACUUGCAGGCCUCAAAUUCGCCAACAGAGGAAGUCUUGAAUUUCGGGACAAUGCCGCCCAGGAAGAAAGUGGAACAUAGCACCAAUAAAGCUCCAGAUGACAUAGAAAGUGCCUGCAACUCAGUAGUACUAGUGACUUCGAUGACAGAGCGGUUGAAAGGCUUGUCACCCCUGUCCCCUUACUGUUGUAUCUACAAAGUUCCUGAGCGACUACGGUCUGUGAAUAAGAAGGCCUACACACCUCAAGUAGUCUCAGUAGGCCCACUCCACUAUGAUAAUAAAGACUUGUUAUACAUGGAAGAACACAAACAGAGGUACCUACAACAAUUUCUACAUCGGACUGGGGUAAGCUUGGAGGAUUAUGUGAAGAAAAUAAAGGCCCAAGAAGAAAGACUGCGUGGUUGUUAUGAAGGAAAAGCCAGUGAGUUUAAGAGUGAUGUAUUUGUAAGUAUCAUUUUAGUUGAUGCCGCCUUCAUGAUUGAGCUCUUAUUGAGGAACUUUUUCGAGGAUUUGAGGGAUGAUAGUGACUGGAUAUUCAAGAAAACAUGGAUGUUGCAAAAUAUAGCGCCUGACAUGAUUUUACUUGAAAAUCAGCUGCCAUUUUUCAUUCUUGAAGAUCUUUUCGCAGAUGUUAAAUCUAAAUGGCAAAAAGAUGAGCUGCCUUCAAUAACAGAGCUCUCUUACAAGUUCUUCCAGGAGACGGUGCGUUUACAGGGGGAAAAAGACAAUUUGGAGUCUGUUUCGGAAGUAAACACUUUGUUGAUUUGAUAAGAACUUUACAUCUACCAUAUUUGAAGAGCACACAAACUGGAGGGCCCACAUCUUCUUGUACUCCUAAGGUUAAGCACUUCUGUGAUCGUAGAAGAAGGUUUCUACCAUCUCAAAAGUCACAAACUGAAAAGCCACUCCCAAGUACUCUAAAUACACCAAGCGCUAAGAAGCUACACCAGGCUGGAGUCAAGUUUGAGAUCAGUUCAAGCAAAAAUUUGUUUGAUAUACAAUUCGAUAAUCAAGGUAUUCUGCAAAUUCCACAAGUAGAAAUAAACGAUUACACGGAGCUUACACUCAGAAAUCUCCUUGCAUUUGAACAAUGCCAUUGCACGGAGAAUCACAUAAGCGAUUAUUUCUGCAUCUUGGAUGGUUUUGUAAACACCCCAAUGGAUGUAGAUUUCCUUGUUGAGUAUGGAAUAAUUGUGAAUGCGCUCGGCGACAACAAUAAGGUUUCUAGACUGAUUAACAAGCUUUGCAUCGGGGUUUCUUGGAACCACAAAAACUACUACUUUGCUGAUCUUUCUAAGGAGCUGAACUACUACUGUCGUAAGCCGUGGAACAAAUGGAAGGCAAGCUUGAAACAAAAGUAUUUCAACACACCUUGGGCAAUUAUUUCUGUCAUUGGAGCUGGUUUUGUCAUCGUACUCGCUAUCAUACAAACAGUGUGUUCUAUUAUCUCUUCCAUUCAUUAGUCGUCUCCUUAAUUCGCCGUUUUCUCCCUAUCCUUUCCGUAUUAUUUGCUUCUUUUAUUUGUUUGUCUGGUUGUUCCAUAUUGAGAUUCAUGUUUGGGUUGUACACAUUGUAAGCCCUGUUGCUAAUAAGAGCUGUACGGUCUGUUUUAUGAUU